GCAAACGUUUUCGAAUACACACCGCUUACAAUGUGUUGCAGAAAGAACCGCCAGCAACGUUCUGAACAACAACUGUUGUAUUCGCCACCAAGACGAACCUGUUGUAAAACACGUCCCGUACAGGCUCAGUCGAACACCAUCGGCACGUAUAGUUCAUCUCAACGGUCCACCAUGGCUGGUCUCAUCGCAGUCAGUAUUGGCCUUGGUGCUGAGAAACUGGGACGUACUAUCUCCGAGAAGAGGCUCGAAAGAAAGGAGAAGAAGGCUAUUGCUCAACACGAAGCUAUAUAUGGCUCUUCGUCAUCUGCUCCACCGCCGCCAAUGACGACCCGAGAGCGGCAAAAUAAGACCCAGAACAAACGCGAAGAGGCUCAGCGGGCGCUUGAUGAAGCUCGUCGAGAGCAACCAAGCGUUCCACAAUAUGAAAUCAGACGCCCAACUAGGGAACCGCAAGAUAUGGCUCCCUGGACUUCCUCCAGCAAAGGCGCUGCUGCGCACGACCGAAUCGAAGCGCCGAUCACAGUACGAGGUUACCUCAUGUGCGUCUUCGCCGCGUUUGGUGGUAUCCUUGUCGGCUAUGACUCGGGCUAUAUCAAUGGAAUAUUAGGCAUGGACUACUUUAAGCAGCAGUUUGGAGGACCUUCCGCCAGUGAAGAAGCUUAUAACGGCCACCUUUACAAAACAUGGGAGAAGUCUCUCAUCGUGUCUAUUCUCUCUGCUGGUACUUUCUUCGGAGCUCUUACCGCGGGGUCCAUAGCAGACUGGAUCGGCCGUCGCGCCACUAUCAUCACCGGAACCAAGGACCGCAUGGACUCUAGUGCGUAUCGUACCCCUAUUGGAUUGCAGUGGCUAUUUGCGACUGUCCUCGGCGUUGGCCUCUUCUUACUACCUGAAUCACCCCGUUGGUAUGUCAAGAAAGGUCGCCGUGAAGAUGCGGCUCGUGCUCUUGGUACCUUACGUGGGCAGGCUGCCAACUCGGAAUAUGUCAGGGAUGAGCUUAAUGAGCUCAUCGCUAAUCAUGAAUACGAGAGGCAUAUGCAAGCGGACUGGGCCGAUUGCUUUUGUGGUGGAUGGAAGCCAUCUAGCAAUCUCCGCCGUGUAGUCCUCGGAAUGGCACUCCAAAUGAUGCAGCAGUGGACUGGCGUGAAUUUCGUCUUCUACUACGGCUCUACUUUCUUCAAGACAGUCGGCAUACAGAAUGCCUUCCUGGUUUCUAUGAUCACGACCGCCGUCAAUGUUUGCUCCACACCCAUCUCAUUUUGGACCAUCGAGAAGUUCGGCCGGCGCGCGCUCCUAAUCUAUGGCGCUGUCGGUAUGCUCGUCUGUGAAUUCAUUAUCGCCAUUGUCGGUACGGUUGACGAAGGCAGCAAGGCGGCUGGGUUGUGCCUCAUCGUCUUUACCUGCAUCUACAUCUUCUCCUUUGCAUCGACCUGGGGUCCAGGUGCUUGGGUUCUGAUAGGCGAAAUCUUUCCUGUCCCCAUACGUGCCAAGGGCGUCGCUCUUUCAACAGUCAGCAAUUGGUUCUGGAACUUUGUCAUCGGCUUCAUCACCCCCUAUAUGGUUGACGAGACCUACGGGAAUAUGAAGGCUAAAGUUUUCUUCGUUUGGGGUGCUACAUGCACUGUCUGCGUUCUCUUUGCGUACUUCUUGGUGCCUGAGACUAAGGGUUUAUCCCUCGAGCAAGUCGAUCGCAUGCUUGAGGAGACGACCCCACGCACAUCGAAGAAAUGGGUUCCACAUAGCCUGUUUGAAGACCGCGCUGGUGUAUCCUCACUAGACACGGCGGAGAAGAUGAACAGUCGCGAGCCGAUUGCGCAUCGCGAACAUCGCGAUAUCUAA